AUGGAAGCGGAGAAGGCGGAUGCAAAUAUCACUCGCUUUCCCUGUGCCCAAUUCUAAGGACGCAGAUUAAACAUUUCCUCUGGGAUAUUUUUCCUUUUUUUUUUGACUGCCAAUGUGCUAUUAUCUACGUCGUGCUCGCGGGCAACACCCCUCCAAACGUACCCAUCUAUCUCUGAGCUGUCAAUCAUAUUACGCCGGGAUUUCUACAUGUGAGUGCAUGGCGCGCCGGGCAGGGCGGAUCUGCUCACGGGGUGAAAAAACGCCGAUUAUUAUGGAUGAAAGGUUCAUCAUCUCGUCGUUUCAAUCACUCUGAUAAGCGACACUGUCAUAUAGCGUUGCCCACCACAGAGCAGGUAAGAUGAUGUGCGAGGUGAUGCCGACCAUCAACGAGGGAGACUCGGCUGGUCCUCCCAGAGGCACCAGCGGCGUCCCGAACGGCUCGGACCAGGAGGCCAACUUCGAGCAGCUGAUGGUCAACAUGCUGGACGAGAGGGACAAGCUCCUGGAGUCCCUCAGGGAGACUCAGGAGACCCUCAUUCAGUCUCAGACAAAGCUGCAGGGGGCGCUGCACGAGAGGGACGUGCUCCAACGGCAGAUUAACGCCGCGCUGCCUCAGGAGUUUGCAACCCUGACGAAGGAGCUGAACAUAUGCCGGGAGCAGCUGCUGGAGAAAGAGGAGGAAAUAUCGGAGCUGAAAGCUGAAAGAAACAACACCAGGCUGCUGUUGGAGCACCUGGAGUGUCUGGUGUCUCGUCACGAACGCAGUCUGAGGAUGACAGUGGUGAAGAGACAGGCACCCCCACCAUCUGGAGUCUCCAGCGAGGUGGAGGUCCUCAAAGCCCUGAAGUCGCUGUUUGAACACCACAAGGCUCUGGAUGAAAAGGUACGUGAGAGGCUUCGUGUGGCUCUGGAGAGGGUGGCCACCCUAGAGGUACAGCUAGCAGUUAACACACAAGAGUUGAACAUGGUGAGACAAAGGAAGGAUGGUGACUCAAUGGAGCGAACAGAUGGAUCCAAACCUACAUGGAAGAGACUACCCAACGGCUCCAUAGAUGCCCACGAUGAUGGCAGCCGGGUGUCCGAGCUUCAGGAGCUGCUGGAUCGGACCAAUAAGGAGCUGGCCCAGAGCCGUGAGCACUCUGCCAGUUUCAACGGCCGCAUGGCCGACCUCGAGGCAGAGCUCGCAAAUGCACGCCGAGAACUGAGCCGCAGCGAGGAACUGUCAAUCAAACAACAGCGGGAACAGAGAGAGAGGGAGGAUAUGGAGGAGAGGAUAACAACGUUAGAGAAACGCUACCUGGCUGCUCAGCGGGAGACCACACACAUCCACGACCUCAACGACAAACUGGAGAAUGAACUGGCCACAAAGGACUCACUGCACCGACAAAGCGAGGAGAAGGUGCGCCAGCUGCAGGAGAUGCUGGAGAUGGCAGAGCAGAGGCUGGCUCAGACCAUAAGGAAGGCUGAGACACUUCCAGAGGUAGAGGCUGAACUGGCACAGAGAGUAGCGGCACUUUCCAAGGCUGAAGAGCGCCAUGGCAAUGUGGAGGAGCGGCUUAGACAGCUGGAGUCACAACUGGAGGAGAAGAACCAAGAGCUAGGAAGGGCUCGUCAGAGAGAGAAAAUGAAUGAAGAGCACAACAAGCGUUUGUCAGACACCGUGGAUCGUCUGCUCACUGAGUCCAAUGAAAGACUGCAGCUCCAUUUGAAGGAACGCAUGGCUGCCCUGGAGGACAAGAACUCCCUCAUUCAGGACCUUGAGAACUGCCAGAAACAGCUUGAAGAAUUCCACCACACCAGGGAACGGCUGAUUGGAGAGAUUGAGAAGUUGAGAAAUGAGAUUGACCAUUUGAAACGUCGCAGUGGGGCGUUUGGAGAUGGAACUCACCCUCGGUCACACCUGGGCAGCUCCAGUGACCUUCGCUUCUCUGUGGUGGAGGGCCAAGAUGGCCACUACAGCACAACUGUGAUUAGGCGGGCACAUAAGGGCAGAAUGUCAACGCUACGAGAUGACCCAAACAAGGUGUGCGCUGUGUUUGAACAGGACUACCCGUCUCUGCGUGGAAGCGUCAGCCACCUCCUCGGCAGCGACAUCGAGGCAGAGUCAGACCUGGAUGAUGACGUUAGCUCGACCCUUCUUUCCCCCAGCGGCCAAUCUGACGCUCAGACUCUCGCUCUAAUGCUGCAGGAGCAACUCGAUGCUAUCAAUGAAGAGAUAAGGAUGAUCCAGGUGGAAAGAGAGUCAGCAGACCUCCGCUCUGACGAGAUUGAGUCUCGCGUGAACAGCGGUAGCAUGGACGGACUCAACGUGACGCUUCGACCCCGGGCACUGCCCACCUCCGCCACUGCUCAGUCCCUGGCAUCAUCCUCUUCCCCCCCCACCAGUGGUCACUCCACACCUAAACACCACUCACGCAACGCCAGCCACCAUCUAGGCAUCAUGACUCUGCCAAGCGACUUGAGGAAACACCGCAGGAAAGUAGCAUCUCCAGUGGAAGUGGACAAAGCUACUAUCAAGUGUGAAACAUCGCCUCCCUCGUCUCCCCGCAGUUUACGGCUAGAAACCAAUUUUGCGCAGUUCACAGGCAGUCUAGAGGAUGGCCGAGGCAAGCAGAAGAAAGGAAUCAAGUCAUCUAUUGGCCGAUUGUUUGGGAAGAAGGAGAAGGGUCGAUUGGAGCAGACUGUAGCCAGAGAUGGACAGCCUCUACCGGCCUUAACAGACUUUGAGAUGGGCAUCGGUGACACGAUGACUCUGGGAAAACUGGGUACACAGGCUGAGAGGGACCGCAGGAUGAAGAAAAAACACGAGCUUUUGGAAGACGCUAGAAAGAGAGGCCUGCCAUUUGCCAAUUGGGACGGCCCAACUGUUGUCUCGUGGCUAGAGCUGUGGGUGGGUAUGCCAGCGUGGUACGUGGCAGCCUGUCGUGCCAAUGUGAAAAGCGGUGCCAUCAUGUCAGCUCUGUCUGACACAGAGAUUCAGAGGGAGAUUGGCAUCAGCAACCCUUUGCACCGACUCAAACUCCGCUUGGCCAUCCAGGAGAUGGUGUCCCUCACCAGUCCAUCUGCACCACUUACCUCCAGAACGUCCUCCGGAAAUGUGUGGGUGACUCAUGAAGAGAUGGAGAACCUGGCUUCCUCCACUAAAGCGGAGAAUGAGGAGGGCAGCUGGGCACAGACGCUGGCGUAUGGUGAUAUGAAUCAUGAAUGGAUAGGGAACGAGUGGCUGCCCAGCCUCGGCCUGCCUCAGUACCGCUCAUACUUCAUGGAGUGUCUGGUGGACGCACGCAUGCUGGACCACCUGACCAAGAAGGACCUGAGGAGCCACCUCAAGAUGGUGGACAGCUUCCAUAGGGCUAGUCUGCAGUAUGGGAUUAUGUGCUUGAAGAGACUCAAUUAUGACAGGAAAGACCUGGAGCGCCGGAGAGAGGACAGCCAACACGAAAUGAAAGAUGUGUUGGUGUGGACCAAUGAGCAGGUUAUCCACUGGGUCCUGUCCAUUGGUUUGAGGGAGUAUAGCAGCAACCUGCUGGAAAGCGGCGUCCACGGAGCGCUCAUCUCUCUGGACGAGACCUUCGACUACAGCAGCCUCGCGCUCAUCCUGCAGAUCCCUAUGCAGAACACACAGGCCCGGCAGGUCAUGGAGAGGGAGUUCAACAACAUAUUAGCCCUUGGGACCGACCGCCAACUAGAGGAGCAGAGUGGGGAUGACAAGUCUUUUCGGAGAUCUCCAUCGUGGCGCAAAAGGUUUCGGGCACGCGAGGGAGGGGUGGGCCUCGGCAUGAUGGCGGGCUCCAUGGAAACGCUGCCUGCCGGUUUCCGCAUGCCCUCCAUGAUGCCGCCCUCUGUGAGUUUGAUGUCCAAGAAGCAGCUCCAGCCUGAAGCUCCUCCCCCGGCGACCCCGAGACUCGAUCCCUCAACCGUGCGGACCUAUUCAUGCUAACAUCUCUCUGCUUACUAACGGAAGCGCUAAUGCUAACAGUGCAUUCUCAUUACCUAUACGGACACAUGCUUGCGGCCUUUUGAGAGUGAUAUGCCAAAUCUGGAGACGAAGUCCUUGGUGCCAAUGGAGAGGGGUCUUCCCCCCUUUUGUUGCCCGGCCUCACCUCCCAUCUUUCACCUCUCACAUCUCUUUCGGACACGUGCAAUACAGAGGCCAACUCUGACCUUUGAACUCUUGAGAGUGCUCAUUGGCUGCGCUUGGAGACUCAUCCCUGUUUCUCCCGGUUUACCCCAGUGCUCCCAGUAGCCUUGUUGUUGUGGUGUUGUGCUCCUGCUCUCCUGGUCUCAGCUGUGGGUUCUUGUCUGGUUCUAAUCUCUCAACAUGGCCAAGUCCAAACCGAUCUUCCAGUGUCAUCACAUCCUCAGCAAAACAAAAGUCAGUUGGUGUAAAAAAAAGAAGAUUUAUAGGGAUGGUGAGACGUUGUUGAUUUGGAUUUGGGAAUGAUGAAUACUUGUAUAAAUGGCAGAUCCCACUGAACAUUGC